CUUAUCCGUUUCCCCAAACAUCACAGUGUGAGGCAUUUGAGCAUUAAAAUCAUACAUGACAUAGCCUUCUACAUUUCAUCUUCAACAUCUUCACUGCAAUGGCAGCCAUGCUCUCACUCUCUCCAAAUCCUCCCAUCACAACUUUACCCUCUCUUCGUUCCACUUUCAAGGGAAAUCUGAGGAAUUUAAAACCAAACCCUUUUCACAUUAUUCGUAUCAGGACCAAGCAGCAAGGGGUAGAGGCACAAAAGGGGACACGGUCUUUAGUGGUUGUGAACCAAGCAGCAACAACCCAAGUGUCGGUUACAGCUUCUAAUGUGAGGUUUCGGUUGGACAACCUGGGACCUCAGCCUGGGUCAAGAAAGAAAGGGAAGAGAAAGGGGAGAGGAAUAUCGGCUGGACAAGGUGGGAGCUGUGGGUUUGGAAUGAGGGGUCAGAAAUCACGUUCUGGCCCAGGUGUUAGAAAGGGAUUUGAGGGUGGCCAAAUGCCACUCUAUAGGCGUAUCCCCAAAUUGAGAGGAAUUGCCGGAGGGAUAUUUUGUGGGAUUACCAAAUACAUACCGGUUAACUUAAAAGACAACGAAACAAUUGGAUUUCAAGAGGGAGAUGAGGUGUCAUUGGAGUCUUUAAAGGAGAAGGGUUUGCCUUCAGGAAGAGAGAGGAAACUCCCUUUAAAGAUUCUUGGUGACGGGGAGCUGAAUGUAAAGCUGAACUUGAAGGCCCGUGCCUUUUCAACAUCUUCAAAGGAAAAGCUUGAGGCUGCCGGUUGCUCUCUCACCGUACUGCCUGGGCGCAAGAAGUGGGCUAAGCCUUCAGUUGCAAAGAACCUUGCUCAAGCUGAGGAAUACUUUGCCAAGAAGAGGGCUGCAUCAUCAUCCGACUCCACUUCUGCAUGAAUUUCAUGUAAUUGAUCUGCUAUGUUUUGAUAAAAUGUUGAGAGCAGUAAAGAAAAUUACUUUGCAUUCA